UUCCCCCUCCCCGGCGGCAGGUCCCAGCAGGCGCACACCCCAUUGCUCCUCCCCACUUCAAAAGGAAGGAAAGGGCAAGCCCUGGCCCUCCGUGAGCGGGUGCGAGCGCAGCUGAGGUGCUCCAGCCCUCAGCUCUCUGAAAGCCUUCCCUGCUGGCGCUCCACAGAGGACAGACCAACUCAGUACAGCAGUGAGCGAUCCCUCUGCACGCCGCUGGGAUGGAGAGUCGGCAGCACAGCGCCACCGAGGAGCCUGAGAUUGAGCUGUUUGUGAAGGCUGGUCUGGAUGGAGAGAACAUCGGGAACUGCCCCUUCUGCCAGCGCCUUUUCAUGGUGCUGUGGCUGAAAGGGGUCAAGUUCAACGUCACCACAGUGGACAUGACCAGGAAACCUGAAGAGUUGAAGGACUUAGCACCGGGCACUAACCCACCCUUCUUGCUGUUCAACAAGGAGCUGAAAACAGACUUCAUCAAGAUUGAGGAGUUCCUAGAGCAGACCCUGGGCCCACCCAUGUAUCCACGCCUCAGCCCCAAGUACAAGGAGUCCUUCGAUGUGGGGAGCGACAUCUUUGCCAAGUUCUCAGCAUACGUCAAGAACUCACGCAAGGAAGCGAAUAUCAGUUUCGAGAAGGCGCUGCUACGGGAGUUCCAGCGCCUGGAUGUUUACCUGAACACGCCUCUCCCCCACGAGAUCGACCAGGACAGUGUGGAAGAUGUCACCGUCUCCAAGAGGAGAUUUCUGGAUGGAGACCACCUGACACUGGCUGACUGCAACCUCCUGCCCAAACUGCAUAUCAUCAAGAUUGCAGCCAAAAAGUACCGCAACUUUGAGAUCCCAGCGGACAUGACGGGCGUGUGGCGCUACCUCACCAACGCAUACGCCUGCGACGAGUUCAGCCACACGUGUCCUGCGGAUGAGGAGAUUGAGCACACCUAUGCCAGCGUGGCCAGGAAGAUGACCUAACCCACGGGGGGCACCCGCCUCCCUCCGUGAGGCAGGGACCAGAGGGGGCUCACGGCACCGCUGCCCCCCGCCUUUCUGAAUAGUGCCUUGCUUCACAUCGCUGCUCCUCCCGCUCCUCCGGCACAGACCCAUGCCCGCGCAGCCACAGCACAACCGCAUCCCUGCUCCCCGAAAAUGGGCCUCAUGGCCUGUGCCCACAUGUCACGAGAAAAGUGGAGCGCUCACCUGCCACAGCAGCACUGCAUGGAAGAGCAGCUGAGAGACUUCCCCCAUGGCUGGGCCAGCUCUGCCUCUCCAUCCGCUGCUGGAGCUGCUUUGCCAGCCCUGCGCUGCCCCAGCCACACCAUAUGCUUAGGAAGAGGUGUCCCGGGAUCCCAGCACACCUCCUGGGCUGGAGCUGUUUGAGCUCGCCUGGUCACUCAUCUGCACAGCAACCUACAGCCUGCAUUUGGGCAAGCCCUCUCUUCCACCACAGCAUCCAAGCUCCAUCUGAAGAACCAAAAGGCUCCGUCCUCAGUAGUUUGUUGCAGUGACACAUUGUUCUCACUGCUCAGGAGUCCUAACAUGCAUCCUACUGCCCAUUAGGAUAUGGGGGCAGGAGGAUGGUGCCCGGUGUGAAAGUGCCAGGACCUCUUGUGGGAGGGAAGGGGGGUGCAGAGGCAUGCAAAGGGCUGAGGAUGGAGGGCUGAGGACCGGGGCAUCCCUCCCCUGUGUGCCAGAACCCAGGGCCAUGUGCUGCUUGCUUCAAGGUCCCAUGUGGCUCCUACGAGCUAAGAAACCUCUCCCUGCCUUGCAAGACGCUGCAGGAGAUGCAGCCAUGUGCUGAUGUAGCUCCACCUCAGUCCCCACCAGCACGUCAGGUGCCUGACUGGGAGAUGAGGCACACAGGGUAUGGAAUCCAUCUGGUUUCCACAUCCUGCUACCGGACAGCCCAAGAGGCAAAAGCUGCUGAACAGAGCGCUGUGUCUGCAGGAGACAUGGCGGCAGGUUUGGUGCUCCCUGGCUCAGCACUGUGCCUUCCUGUCCAGCAUCGCUGAUGCAAGAGGAAUUAAAGCUGCUCUGCACAGCCCCGACACCCCAUCCUCCCCAUCCAAGACCCUCAGCUCCCCCAGGGCUCCUGCCGGUGCCUGUGAGCUCAGCCAGCCUGCCCCCCCAGCCAGCCUGUGGGCAAAACAAUACUGUACAGUGAGCACGGUGGGUCCUGCGAGGCUGUGGCAGAACCCCUCCGGCCCUCGCUGCCACUUCCCUCUUUGCACUAAAAGGUGUGUCCUUGCAAGCCUGCCUUUCAUAGCACUGGGUUUGGGGACUGGUUUUGUUCUUAACGAGGUUUGGUUUGUUUGGGUUUUUUAAUCUAAGAACAGCAAUAAACUUUAUUUUAAUA